CAAGUGCCUGAUGCCUUUUUUAACGCGAGCAUGUGAACGGAUCUCGAGACUCGACUUUUCGACUUGGAACAUCUCCUGAGAAUUAAUGUACGCAGUAGGGACAAUUGCAGAGGUGGAGUUUUAUUUUUAACGGGACAAUCGUGUACUUGUCUGCGCGAGGUUUUUGACGAACGUAUGAUUUGUUCGUUGACGCUUGCCGUUUUCACCGAUCGUUCGGUCGUGCCUGCCUCUGCCUGCUGCCGCGAAUGUGGAUACUUCACAGUGUGCUGUACUGCUGCUGCCGCCGCUGUGCGUUUGAACUGCUCUCCACGGCUGAUCGCCUUUGGAUUUUAACAAAUCUUUCAUAUUCGUGAACGCUUUGAAACUGGUUCGUUAUUGUACCAGACCCCGCCGCGAUUGUCACUUGAUAGCAACACCCGAGGCGCCAAAGCUGUCCGCAUCGGCGCUUUCUUUAGCCCAAGUGGUAUCAAUGUUGUCUGGCAAUGGUGUGUAAGGAGAACGUGGUAUCAUGGUUUGGGAAUCUGUCCAGUUAUAAACGAAUCGAUGUCAUGUGCACGUUAUUAAACAUGUGCCUGCCAUUUGAAGUACGAUACCUUGGCACUUGUGUAGAGGAUAUUGGUAAACGGGAUUACAAUGAUCUCCGUGAUACUGAACAUCAUGCAAACAGUGCCUCUGAUCUCGCAGAGUUAACAACCUUAGGUGUGGCAGAUAAGCGCACACGAAGAAAACUUGCUCUCUAUAUGGCAUUAUUACAUUCAUGUAAUUAUGCAUGUGCUGUAAUCUUGUACAAGAAUUUAUCAAAUUUUGACUAUCAAGAAAUCUCUAACCUAUUAAAUGGGACCACCUUUACACCGGAUGAUCAACCUUUAGAAGAGCUGCUCUUAUUGUAUACAAUGGCUUUAAAUCAUCCAGCAUUUACUUAUGAGCAGAAAAGUGUCUUCGGUAAUAUUUAUAUAAAGCUUCAAGAAGAAGAAGCUCGUCUGAAUCUCUCAAAAUCAAAUUCAUCUUAUAAACAAGGUUGCGCACCAUGUAUAAAUACAAAUGAAAGAUUAAUGGACACAGAGAUGCAAGGCAAUUGUAUGAUGGCUCCACCACCAAUGCAAACUUAUCAUGGAGAAAUGACAAUGAGAAAUAAUAUGGUAACUGGAGUACCUCCUGGUCUUUCCAUGCCUCCACCUGGAUUAUGCCUGCCAACUCCAGAACAAAUGCCAAUGGGAUCAGGUGGUGCAACACAAUACCUUCAUCUUGGCUUUCCAUCAGUAAAUCAUAUGCCACCAUGGACAGGUCAGGUUAUGAUGGGGAAUCAACUGAUGUAUCACACUGGCGACAUGUUGGCUUAUCCACCUUCCCCCUUAGUCAGCCGUCAAUCGUCACCAUCCCAGUCUCGAUCUCCUAGUCGCAGCAAUUCCCCAAUGGGUCGCAGAAAUAAUAUAAUGCCGCGCACCUCUUCACAAGUAACUCAGUCUACUUCGAAUACCCUAACAUCAACGAGUGCCUCUAACAGUCAAACAAGCAUCUGCAGCUCAAAUGUCAAUUCCCUUCCUCCGCUUCCCACACUGGGUACGAACAGAAGUCAUCCUAGUCAACCUCCAUUGCUUCCAUCACGCUCUGUUCCCUUGUCUAUCAGCAGUUCUACUACUUUUUCACGGCAUAAUAGCAUCGAGAAUACCCCUUCUACCUUAAUUCCGGCAGCACCUCAAUCAAAACAACCACCACCACCACGACUGCGAUCUUCAAUUUCUGGUGAUUCUUUACGAGAUACUUUAGGAAAAGAAAUGCCAAAUUUCAAAGGCAAUUUGCAGAAUUUUACUCUCGAUGAGAUCCGAAGAAUGAGUGAUGAGGAUUUGAGGGAAAUAGGAUUAACACCAAAUGCAGUAGGACAAUUAAGAAGUAUCGUUAAGAGUCAAACAACUAACGGCUUAAAUCAAAUUUCUGCUGAUAAAAAAUUAGAUAAUAUCAACAGCACAACACACACAGUUGUAGAUUCAGUUGAAAAUGAGGGUAUACCGGGAAUGGAGAUGUUGAAUGAUAAUGGAAAUCAAAGCAGUAAGUCAAUGCCAUUACAGGAACAGCAUCCAGCGAUGCAUCAUCAUCAUAAUCAUGCAGCUCCUAAUUUACGGCGAUAUCCUACUAUGCCACCAUUAGAUCCUGCGCAAAUACAAAUGUAUCCCGCACCGCCACCGAUGUAUGCUGCACAGAAUGCACCAUGCUAUGCCUGUCUUACCUUACCUGUUGCUGGGGUACAAAAUCGAUAUUCAAGGUGCAAUGCCCAACACGUGUAUUGUUUAACGCAAUUACAAGCCUUGAGGUUAGAUCCUGAAAGUAGCAAACACUGUUCACAGAGCAGUAGUUCCGAUAGUACCGGUAGUAGAUCUCCUCCAGAAACUCCUCCGGCAGCACCAUGGGUGAGCGGAAGUGAGAACAAUGCACCGCCAGUUACUGACCAUCUUAGCUCUGCACCGGUACAUUCUACAAGUGCUGUAUCACAUCCAGCAUCCCAACAGCCUAUACAGUCAGGCCCGGAAAGGCAACGUAAUAGAAGAAAUCAGACGCACGUAAUAAAAUAUAAUCAUAAAAAUCAAAUGGUGAACGGCGGUGGACCACCGAAUCUUUCGCAAUGCGUUUCCUUUCCCGCGCCACCUUCGCAGUCGCAGGUCACAUAUCUGCCGCAUGGUCAUUUCCCGGCUUUGAGACCGAGUAGUGGUAUUUAUUCUAACUUCUCGCAUGGACCGUAUGCAAGGCCAGCUUAUCCGGCCACGUACCAACCGAAUGGUGAAAUGAUGUAUCAAUAUCCUGGUCAUCCAUCUUCGGGAGGAACACCACCACCUCCACCAAAUGCUGCAACACCCGUUCAGGCGCCGUAUAUGCCACCUACUCCAGUUGUUACAUACGCACCAGCUGCCGUCCCACCAACGAAAAUUUCGUGUUAUAAUUGUGGCAGUAGUAGCCAUCUUGCAGUUGACUGUAAAGAUCAAACAAUGGAGGAUCUUACCAAAAAAGCUCAAUACCGCUUAGAUUACAGUAUAAUGAAACAACCUGGAGAGUGCCCAAGUUCUGACAAGUGAUCCCCUGCCGCGGACCAUCCAGCAAUUUAUCAUUAUCAUCAUUACCGUAAUUACUGUUACCAUCAUUGUCACUACUAUUAUUACUACGAACCCGCCACAGCAAUACAACCUAAGUAUCGUUCGAAAGAUGACUGCUAUCGCUCUUCGUGCAAGUUUUCGGUGAUUUUUGUAGACAUCCCUUAUAUUCAGGAUGACGAUUUUUUAACAGAGGAAGUUUCACGAUUUACGGUACCAGGUAUACUUUUUACAAGUUCUUAUUUAUGAUAGUAAUUCUUAAUUAUGUAAAAAGAUGUAGCGUCAUGUAUAAAAGAAAAACGAAAAGAAGCAUAACGCAGAAUGCUCUUAUCUAUGUUUUUAGAAUACAUUUUGAAAGAUUUGUGUUAGGUAUUGACUUGUGUCUUACCAACGAUACGUAUGAAUUACAUAUAGAGACACAUACACAUACAUACUCACAUACACAUUCACAGCACGCCUGAACCCAAUUUCUCACUAUUUCUCUAGUAACUAGCCAUAAAAGGAAUACAAGAAAAAAGAACGCAUUGUGCUCUGAUUAGAUGAAACUACCAUGUUUGACUAUAUUUAUCAUUGAUACUUUUACUUCUACUAGUAUGUCCACUACUACUAUUACUACUAUUACUAUUCAACUAUUACUAUUACUUCUAUUAUCGCUAUUGAGCAACAUUUUUAUGUAUACAUAUUUUCUCAAUUCGUACGUGCGCAAUGUUUGAACGAGUGCAAAAGUGAAUGAUGAGAAUAGAGUAAAGAAAGUAAAUUAAGAAGAGAUAAAGAAUGAAUAUACAUAAGAAGGAAAGAGAAAAGAGAAAAAAGGAAAAGUGAAAGAAAAAAAGAAAAAGAAAGGGAGAAGGAAAGAAAGGAAGAAGAAUGAAAGAAUAAAAGAAUGAAAGGACAACAAACCAUAAGUGUUCGAUCGUCUAGCUGCCUUUGCGCUCCUGUGUGUAUAAAACUAUAAAUAUACGCUAUAUGCUCACCACUCAUUUAUUAACUUAUGAAUAGUUAGCUAAAUAACAAUAAUUCUCAUCCUAUUUAUAUAAAUAGUCAUGCAAUCACGAGCAACUUAAGCAAUUUUAUACAAGUUUUAUUGAUCGCCCGUCUUUUUUAAGUAUAAGCAAUGCAUUAUAUGCGUUUAAAAUCUCGUUAGUAAGUAAUAAAGAAAAGGAAAAAAUAAUGACUUGAGUAGUAGUGUUAGGUAUGAGUGGAGUGGCAAUCUGAACUCAUUUUGUCAACAAGUUGCUACUGCAUUUAAACCAAUUCUUAAUUAAACAAAUGCCAUUAGUAAGUGUCAAUCUAAUUAUAUUAGAGUGCAUAAUUUGGCAAAUCUUUAUCUAGUUCCCAUACUUAAGAUGAUUCAUAAUUUCUACUCUUAAGGCUCAUACUAUGCAUCUGAUCUAUGCGAAAUAGGUCUUAGAAGGACUGAAAAAUUAUAAAAGUGAAUGAGAGUGAAUAUUUGUGACUUUGAAUACACAUGCAUUUAAAAAAAUUUCCUUUCAGUAGCUUCUGGAUAUAAAGAAAUCUCAGGUGUGUUUUUUUUGUUUUCUCUUUUUUGAUUGGUAAUGAAUAUUUUGGCAACUAGUCAGUAAUCACAAAAAUUUUGGGACUAAUAUUUUAGAGUUAGUAUUUUGCAAUGAUAAAAUUUUGACAAUGUUGAUGAUUUUCAUGUUAUCUUUGAAUCUGACAUUCAUUUUAUUAAGACGAUACUAACUUGUUUUUCGUAUAUUAUUGUAUAUAUAUUUUUAUUUCAAAACGGUACUUUAUUUAAAUUCCAAAGAAAAUUAAAAUUAUUUGGGAGAUGUAGGAAAGAUUAAUAAUAUAUAUAAUAUUAUAUGUUAUGUGUAUGAUAUUUACAUAUAAUAUAUAUAAUAAUAUAUAUAUUUAGUCGAACUUUUGUUAAUUUUUUAUAAAAAAAAAUUCAAUUGCGCGUAAUUAUUAGAGUCUGAUUCGGUGUGUAGGUAAUAUUUAUUAAAAGUGCCAUUUUUUUUUUUUUUUUUUAGACACCCAGUGUCUUCAUACCCAGUGUUUCUAUUAAAACAAGGAUAGAGAUUGAGAUUUAUCUUGCCGUUAGCAUUAGUGAUGAUUUUAAAAACUACCUGAGAAAAGUUUUGAAGUGGCUGUGAUCGAUGAGAAGUGUGUGAAAUUCAUAUUGAAACUCUAUGAACAUUUUUUUUUUUUUUUCAUAAUACAAAUAAAUUUCCUGAUAUCCGCGAGUACUUUAUCUUUGGAUUGUUGUCAGUUAUAAUUGGCAAAUAUUGCCUAAGCCAGACUUAUGAAACAUUUUUGUAUUUUACAUCUAAAUUUAAAUAUGUUGCUUGACAAGAGCAAAAGAAAAAUAACGUGAAAAUUUUGUGAGCUUGUAUGUGCUUUGACUAUGAAACAAAGGAGUCUGAGUUUACAUUAUAUAUUGAACGAAAAUGUUGUAAAUCUCUAAGUUGAAUUUUUGUGAUAAAAAUCUUUAUUUGUACCAUUUUGAAUGUUUUCGUUCCUGGACAAAUUUCGUUUCCGAAAUUAGAUAUUAUUAAGCUAUUUUUUUUUUAAGUAUAAUUUCAAAUAAAUCUGUUAGCACAAGACGAAAAUAUACCAUCUUGCUAUACAGUAACAAAUCAUUAUUGGCCAAGUGGUAUUGUAAUCACAAUUAGUCGUGUUAUCAGAAGCAGUAGUAUUGUGAUUAAAUAUAACACUUUAUUGCUGUUUACUAAUUGUUGACACUAAUAAUCAAAGGAGUAUGGUUUAGUAUAUCAUUGAUGUGUAUAUCAUUGGCAAUAAGAUGAAUGCGAUAUUUGUUCUCUUAACUGUUAAGCAAUACUCACUAGCAUAACAGCAGUACAUCGUGUUUUUGCAAGUGGACAUUGCAUAGUAUUAAUGUCGUAAACAGCAGUAAGGGAGUUUUGUGUUUCUGUUGCUAAUCUGCAGUUAUAUGUAAAAGAAAAGGAUCGCUUCAGCAAUAAUGUUAUGUUUAGUAAUAUGAUAUACAUUAUGUGGUUAUUUACCAAAAAUUCUAUUAUAAAGAAUUUAAUUAAGGAAGUGUCAUUUUCAUUUUAUCAUCGACUAUACUUAUUUUAAUGCAUUUCAUGAGUUUGAUAUGUUUGAUUAAAGUGAAUGAAAAUUUUAUGGGACAUAUGUUUUCUUAAUUUUUGUUUUGCUUGAAUUUUCUUAAAGAUAUUGUCGUUGAUAAUAAUCAAUCGUGAAACGAUGAUGGAUUUCAUUAGCUGUAUCAUUCUGGGGGGUUAUCAGCUUUGAAUUAAGACUCCUUUGUUUAACGAGUACUGUUUAGUACGCAUUUAAACUAACGAGAUGUAUAGGAAAGAAAACAAUAAGAAAAUUGUGCUUGAUACAAUAUGCAUCGUGUUGUUCAAGUUCGAAAAAAAAAGUUCAAAUGCUCUUGAUCAAAUCAGUAUUAUAUCGAAAAGAAUCAAAAAAAUCAAAGAACCAUAUCACUUGAACAGAAGCCCAGAGCAGGAGCGUGAGAGAUUAGUAGUAGUAAUUAUAAUAGUAUUAGUAUUGAUUAUAACUAUGGUAAUAAUAAAUCAUAUAUAUAUUAUAUUAUAUAUAAUGUACAUAUAUAUAUACACAUGUAUAUAAUAUAAUAUCUAUAUAUGUAUAUAAAAUAGAGAUGUAAACUUUCCGGAAAGAUUAAAUCAUUUUUCAAAUGAGAGCCCUUUUUGUUUUUAGAAAAUAUCGACGAAUAUUAAAAAAAAAAAAAUCGAAAAAAAAGAAAAAAGAAAGAAGAAAAUGAUGGAAAAAAAUUAAAAAAAAAAUGAAAUGGAAAAGAAAAAAAACUUUAACUUGGAUGUUAUUGUACAUCUUUAAUAUGUAAUUUUGGUUGUUUUCUAAAUAUUAUCUCAUAAUUUAAUUCUUAGUUUCAGCAAUAACUGUUUGUGUUACUAAUCUCUAUUAGCACUUCUAGUUAUUAUUCCUAAAGUGUGUUUCUUUUCACUUCAGUCAGAUUAUUGUUCUCUUUUCUGUACGAAUCUGUUGAUAAAAAUUAGAAUAAUAAUAACGAUAAAUUAUAAAGUACAAGUAACUAGCUAAUUUUACAUUACAAAAACCAGCUCAAAUGUCUAAAAAUUCGCGUCUCUGGUAUAUUUAAAAAAAAAAAGCGUCACGUAUAUUUUAUAUCGCAAUGAAAUUUAAUAAUAUCGUACUCAAAAAAGAAAAAAAAAAAAAGAACUUUCUCGACAUUUUACAUCUCUAAUAUUAUUAAAUGGAUAAAAUAGGUUGUAUUUAAAUGAAAUUAUAAAAAAGUGAGAAAAGGAUGUAAAAAAGUACUAGAGCCAUAUGUAUCUUUUUUCCAUCAUAUUUUUGGACAUACAGGGGUGUAAUUGGGCAGCGACUAAGAUUGUAUAAAGAAAGUUUAAACGAGAGAUGAAUGAAAUGAACAAAAAAGAAAAAAACAAAAAAAAAUCUAACGAACUACACAUACAGGUACGUUUAAUGUGCAAACGAAAAUACGCAAAUCUAUAUGCGGACAUAUAUCAAGAUACCGUCGGCAUAGUGACUUAAAAAAAAAAAAAAAAGCGCUUACAAUUACGAUGUACAUUUGCUGCGUUUUGUGAGCGAAGCUCGUUAUACAAUAAAUGUUUGCAUGUGGUAACCGUUGAUUCGGAAGAUUUACUCGACUACUGAGACUACUCACGAAGACAAUACGUGCUUUGGACGAGAAUGAAACUAAAAAAUAAAAAGCC